UCCACUCAGAACUGAUUCAGCAGAGUUGCUGGGUUUAUUAAGUUUCUUACUUAUUUUGGGAGUUCUGCCAAAUGUCUUUGUGGCCCAUAAAUUCUCUGUUCUUUCUGCCCACUAUCAGUGGUACAUCCUUCACCCCAGGCUUUGUUAACCUCACCCUAGGUCUGAGAUCACUGAAACAUGUCCAGCCCUAAACGUUAACAAAGAGACCUGGACUUCACUUAGGGCUUGUUAGCUGUGCUCUCAUUUCAUGGAUUAAAUCUCCCUUUUUGUUGAUUAGGCAUGGAAGUGUACAAAGGCCAAACAUCAAAGAACAUCCUUCCUUAAGAAAAUUUGUAGGUAUAUCACAUUUUGCAGCAAUCAGACAAGACCCUAUUUGAUAACUCCCUUCUCAUACCCUGUAACUCUCUGGGCUAAUUGUUAACUGUUUCUGACUUCUGAGACCUUUUUUAGCAGCUAAUCAGAAAGCUUUCUACUGGCAUGGAAGGCAGCUAGUUUGUCAGUCCUUUCUUCUCUUGAACACAUGUGCCAAGGGAGAUAGACACCUGUUCUCCAAGAGCUUUGGGAAAGAAGUUUUUUGAGGGAUGGAGGGGGGAGCAAGGAGACAUACCUUUAUGCUGCCUGGGAAGCUUCGUACUUGCCCAUCUAUUACUUGCCAGAUAUUACCUUUUUUUCCCUGCUCUGCCAGACUUCAGGGUUCUCUUGGUCUAUGGAAAAUGUAUGGGGAAGGUUUUAAGCAAAAGGUGUCUUUUUUGAUCCCGGAAUGUGGCCUGCUACCUGAAGUGCUGAAAAGCACAAUUGCAGAUAUUGGAGAUUACUACCUGGUGAGGAGUUUACCCAUUCAUGAAUUGGUCGCUCAUGAAUUCAUUGAUGCUUUCGUGAAGAAAGGUUCAUGCUACGCACUUACCUAUAAGACAAAAAUUGAUCAAGAUAAUACUGCAGCUCUGCUACCAAAUGGUAAACUAAUUCUGUCAGUGGAUAAGGAUACUUAUGAGGAACUUGGACUGCAAGGUCGCCCUUCUCGGUAUUCAGGCAAAAAAGUAAUGCGAUAUAUUAUCACUAUUGACUUGACUGAUGCUGGCUUUCACCCUGAGAGCAAGAAACAUAACAGAGUGCUUUGGGCCUUGAAAGAAAAGAAACCAUUAGAAUUUGACUUCCUAAUGGCUUGGUAUAAUACAGGUGCAGAGGGAUCAACAUUGAUGUCAUACUUUUCAAAACACCAAAUACAGGCCCUGAGGCCAAAAAUAACAUUCAGCACCUUAAGGGACUUGCCGUGUCCAGUGUUACAAAGUAAUGAUCUACAAGGAAAACCAGAGGAGUCCUGCAGUACAGAGGAGCUCUUUGAAUGGCUGGGUGCUGUCUUGAAUCAAGUUAGCUUAGACAACAAAUCCUCCAGCUUCUUAUCCACCUAUUGCUGCCCUGAGCCCAACACAGUAGUGGAAAAAGCUUUUUUGUGCACAAUCACAGGCUUUAUAAUUCCUGAGAAGAUUAUUCAGUUAUUGGAGCAGCUGUGUUGCUAUUUUGGUGAACCAAAACUGGCAUAUUGGCUGACCUUAACUGUGCAUGGCUUUGCAGACAGCCCUGUGUCCUGGAGAGAAAGUGAACAUGGUUUUCACAAAGGAGGAGAGAACUUGUACAACUUUGUCAUUUUUAGAAAUCUGGACUAUUGGCUUCAGAUGGCUGUAGGAGCUCAUGAUGAUUGUCCUCCAUAAAGCUGUGUCCACAGAAGAAGUUCUCUAAUAAUCUCUUGUUACUGACAGAAAACUAAUAAAAUAUUUUUUAUACAAGUAGUUAUGUAACAGA